AUGGGCAUCCCUCAAGAAGAACAAGACCUCGAAAUGUCAGAGAGCCUUCCGCUCUAUUCCGAGGUCGGCGUCAAGCCCACAAAGAUCCCAGAGGCGACAGCGACGGCAGACGAAGUCCGUGAAUUCUUCAGGAGCCUACUGCAGAGCCACGCUUCCAACGAGGACGCGGAGGCUAUCGCGGCGAGAUGGCAGCGAGGCACCGGAAAUGAACUCAAGGUCUACCCACCGCAAAUGUAUCUCAAGAUCUUUGGACCUGAGGACGGGUGGUUCUUAUACAGGGAGACGAAGUUGAUAAUGAAGCGGGAGAAAGACCCCACUGGAAAGGUGCACAAGAAGCAUGGAUAUAUCACCAUUGCUUGUUUAACUGUGUUCGAGCUUGCGAUGGUUGCAAUUAUUGUACUUUCGUGGAGUCCUCUCCUCUCCGUUUUUGCGGUGAUUGGCAACUUGCUCGGUGUCGUGGGUCUAAUUAUCGCGUUCGCGGUGACUUUUGGAAUGCCGUCACCGGAAGCCCAGGUGGAGGCGGAGCUUCUCAAGUGCAUGGAGAGUCGUGAUAAUCGGUCAUAG